AAGCCCCUAGUGAGAGUGAUUUGAGGGGACCCAUUUUGUCUCAAAUGGUGGAUGAUGUGAAGAAGGAUUUAGAUGAACAACGCCAGAUAUGGAGCACUAAAGGUUGCACCAUCAUGACUGAUGGUUGGACGGAUAGGAGAAAUAGAACUCUCCUUAAUUUUCUUGUUUCUUCCGCAGGGGGCACCGUUUUCAUCAAGUCCAUUGAUGCCUCCGCCCAUUGCAAGAAUGCCACCUACCUAUGUGAGCAAAUAGAGGAGGUGAUUGAAGAUGUGGGUGAAGAGAACGUGGUACAGGUGGUGACCGACAAUGCAGCAAAUUAUGUUGUUGCGGGUAAACUUUUGAUUACAAACUAAUUUUGUUUGCAAAUUAAUUACUAUCUUGUAGUUUGUACCUCCAUUAAUUACAAUUUACAAUGCAACAAAUUAUG